AUGACGUCAUCGUUGCAGCGAGCGAUCGAAAUCGUGACGAAAGCGACGGAAGAGGACACGAACAGAAAUUACAAGGAAGCCCUCCGGCUGUACGAACACGGCGUCGAGUACUUCCUCCACGCAAUCAAAUAUGAAGCACUGACCGAGAAGGCAAAGGAUUCGAUUCGUGCCAAAUGCUUCCAGUAUCUCGAUCGCGCGGAACAAUUGAAAGCCUACCUGAACAAGGACCAGACGUCGGCCAAGGUAGCGGGUGGUGAAGGCGACCGAAUCAGCUCGGACUCAGACUCAUCGGACAACCGGGAGCAGAAGCAGCUCCAGCAGCAGCUGGAAAACUCAACCGUCAUCGAAAAACCGAACAUCAAAUGGUCGGAUGUGGCUGGGCUCGAGGGGGCCAAGGCGGCCCUGAAGGAGGCCGUGAUACUGCCGAUAAAAUUCCCCCACCUGUUCACGGGCAAACGCCUCCCCUGGAAGGGUAUACUACUGUUUGGACCUCCGGGAACGGGUAAAUCGUAUCUGGCCAAAGCGGUUGCAACGGAGGCGAACAGUUCGACAUUCUUCGCCGUCUCCAGCUCCGAUCUGCUAUCCAAGUGGGUCGGUGAGUCGGAGAAGUUGGUAAAGAAUCUGUUCGAACUGGCCCGGACUCACAAACCGAGUAUUAUCUUCAUCGAUGAGGUGGAUUCGCUUUGUUCUGCCCGUUCCGAUAAUGAGAGUGAAAGUGCGCGUCGUAUCAAGACGGAACUGUUGGUGCAGAUGCAGGGUGUUGGCAAUGAUAACGAGGGUAUCCUCGUCCUCGGUGCCACCAACACACCCUGGAUACUCGAUUCGGCCAUUCGGCGACGGUUCGAGAAGCGCAUCUACAUUCCACUGCCGGAGGCGAAUGCACGCCACGUCAUGUUUAAGAUCCAUCUCGGUAGCACCGCUCACAUGCUCACGGAGGAAGAUCUGCGCAUGCUGGCGAGCAGAACGGAGGGUUUUUCCGGUUCGGACAUUGCGAUCGUAGUGCGUGAUGCGCUGAUGCAACCGGUGCGCAAAGUGCAGAUCGCUACACAUUUCAGGCGAGUCACCGGACCUUCUCCGGUCGAUAAGACGACGAUCUGUGAUGAUUUGCUGGUGCCCUGCAGUCCGGGCGCACCGGGGGCGAUCGAGAUGACGUGGAGCGAUGUGCCGGGGGAUAAGUUGUACGAACCGCCGGUUACGAUGUGUGAUAUGUUGAAAUCUUUGGCCAGCACGAAACCAACCGUUAACGAGGAGGAUAUGAAGAAGUUGGAUAAAUUUAUGCAGGACUUUGGUCAGGAGGGUUAA